AGUGCCAUUAACAAAGAUCGGAAGAAAAGACGAAAAACGGAACGGAAAUUUAGUUUAAAAUGAAUAUCAGAGUGCUAUUUUUGGCCACUGCAGCAUACAAGUUAUAUCAACAAGAGUCGGCCACCGCAUUCAAGGUUGUAUAUAUCAACAUACAAUUUUCUUACGGCAAGUAAAUUUAAGUAUCCAAAUGGCUUCCAUACUGGACCUACCGGAUGAGUGUUUGGUUAUGAUUUGCAAAAAGUUGGAGUACCAUGAGCAGCAGUACUGGAGCAGUGUGUGUAAACGAUUUGAAUACAUCUAUUUCGAGUAUUUUCACAAUUGGAUUGAAGUAAACGACGAUUUUCCGCUGCAAAUUAUAAAUAGACUUCAUCUGACAGAGUCAAAAUGUACAAAAUUCUUUCUAAACAAAUUACGCGAUUGCCAUAAGGAGAUUGAAGAGGCGAAACUCUUUUCGUUCACCGAUGAGUACUUGGCCGAGCUUUUGCCAUUACCAAAUCUGAAGAAACUGAUCUACGUCGGCAGUUCUUUGAGAGGUAGAAGCUUAAUAGAAAUCAACAGUCUCACAGACUUGCACAUAUACUCUAAUAGGUUUAUUGAUCCGAAAUACUUGCUACAAAUAACAUAUUGCAACCCAUUAAGGACGCUUGUGGUAUCCACCGAUACACAAAUGUUUUCGAAUGGAUACGCCUUCGAAAUGGUCGAAAACCUUAACAAUGUCGAGGAACUUGAAAUAACAUUCAACCCAUGUAAAUCGUGGCAACUGAUCGGCACUUUGCCGAAAUUGAAAAAGCUCACUGUUUGGAAUUUCAAAAGCGAUAAGUGUGAGACGUGCUUGAAGCACCACAAUUUGAACAAGAGAUGUGUAGGGCAACAUGCCACACUCUUCUUUGACGAAUUACGUCGGAGGAAUCAGUUGGAAGAAUUGGUAUUGUUUUUCGGUAACGUAUCUGAGCAACUUCUCUUGAGAAUUUCGGAACUGACAAAUUUGAAGCGUUUAAAAUUAUUCUGCUUUAACGCACUCCCUAUCGCUUAGUAUGUUUAAAGAUUUGAUAAAUUUGGAAGAGCGGCAGCACACUUGAAAAUACGGAGGGUUCACUAGAACUAUUAAGGUAUUGUAAGAAACUGAAAGUUCUUUGGAUUAGUGACUUCGAACAUUAUGGAUACAGUUGGAAAAUCGUGGGUAAAAAUCCUAUUUGGGAAUUCUCGUUGGAAGAAAAACUUUUGUAGUGAGUAUUCAAUAAGCAUAUUUGUAAUGUAAAUGAUUGAUCUCCUUUGAAUUUUCAUCUGGUGUGACGCUAAUUUAUCAGGAACUAAAAGGAACUGGUUAUGUUAAAACUGACAACACGACAAGGAGCGAAAAAGUGAAACUUUUCGAAAUAAAUUGUUUUCUUUAUAAUCCGGUUGUUUUAUUCGCCAAUUUAGCUCUCUUCCACGUUCCACCUUUUAUGAACAUUAAAGAAUUUAAGUCGAAUAUUUACAGCUGUCAAAUGUUGUUGUGCCUCCAACAUUAUCACCAUCACAUGCAAGUUUCCCACCAACAGCGAAAUUGUAUAAAUAGUAGAGUCCGACCGAUUAAUCGGACUUAGCAACUUGCACAGAUUUAGUUCGUUGUUUCCACUAUUUUAUUGUUGUUGCUAUUGCUGUCAUUGUUGUUCCUUUAGUUCGUGUAAUUUAAAUAAGCAGGAGUUAUCGUGCGGGCGGCGUAAACAAAUCGCUUUCGGUGUUUUCUCUUUCCGAGUGGAAUGUGAUGGAAGUUGUAGGGUGUGCGGGUGCAUUGUGAAGACAUAUGUUCAUACAUGUGUAUGCACCUCAACACUGCGUCGUGUCUUAGUGGUUUUUCGUGUCAGCGAUUUUUGGACGAGGUAUUAGGUCUACAACUUUGCUUGCGCCGUUUUCCAAUAGAUGUCUCUAGGGUCAAGAACUGGUCGAUUAAAUCGAUUUUUUUUAAAUCGAUAUUGGAAAUAAUGAUGGAUUAAAUCCAUCUGGACUUUGUUUUUAAUUUUUUUGACAUCACGAGGGUAAACAUUUAAAUUAAUAUAUUAACAACAACCCCCGAAUUCAGCACCCGAAUCCGCAAGUGACAAGUGGUGCACAAAUCAAUUAAUUGAAAAAUGCAGUUCAACGAAAGCUUCGAAAUUCAAUUGUUACAUGAGGGAUAAGCGCGUUAAAGCGUAUAAAAGUGAGCGAGUUCACGAUUACAACCAAAAUGCAGUGGCUUAAAUUCGAAAACAAAAAAGUUCGACGAAAUAAAAUAAAAAAUGUAUUGCAAACUACAAUUGAAAACGCAAGGACUUAACGUUGCAA